GGGAAUUUCCUCCCGAGAGUCCCCUACCCUUGAAAUCGACGGUCCAGUUAAAAAAGGGGAGGCGGGGAGGGACGAGGCAGGAAGACCGAUCAGACCGAGUGUCAGAUGACACACGGGCGCAGACAGAACACCGAGGCCCUGCGGGAUUUUCCAGGAUUCUGGGGGCGCGGGAGCCCUUUGGUACCCGGCACCGUUCCCUGCUCUUCUGGCUGACUUAGAAGCCGGCUGUGGUUCUCGCCGCUCCCACGAGAGGGCAGCGCUUUCAGCGCUUAUUAUGUCACGAGCCAGAGUCCAGGACCGAGUCUGUGCCCCAGACGGAGCUGCUGGCAGAAGAAGCAAACGGGCAGGGGGCCGCUGCGUGCGUACAGCCGGACUCGGAGACUGAGCUUGGCAAGCGGCAAGCCGGGUGUCGCUCUGAGCCCCUGGAGAGACAGGCCGGAGCUCCUCCACUCUUGUCCACAUGAGGACCCUCGGACCUGUGGGGGGACCCUACCGAGCAGAGACCGAGACGCCGCCUGAGAGCGCCUGACAGAAUGAAGCUAGGUCGAAGGUCAACUUGUAGCUUCCUGCUUCUGCUCCUCUCUGUCGCUCUGGGUCUCCUCUAUUUUCACAACUGGAAACACUCAUUACCAAGAGCUUCCUCUGGGUUGUGGUCACCUCUUCUCUCCGAGCCCAAAUACCCUAACCUCACUCCAGAGCCUCGAUAUGCCCACAUUCCCUUUCGACUCAAGGAGCAGGUUGUUGGGUUGCUGGCACAAAAUAACUGCAGCUGUGUGGCUAGCAAAGGAAAAGGAUUUGGCUUCUCUCUCCCAUUCCAAAGGCAGGUGCAUGCAUUUAACUUCACAUCAGCCUUUGGACCUGAAGAGCUGUUGGCAGCCACUAUUGCAAGAGAUCAGGAAUAUCAAGCUUUCCAGGCCAGGGUCCAAUCCCCAGCUGACCAGAUACUCAUCGCUCCAGCUAACUGCCCCCUGCAGUAUCCCCUGCAGGGUGUGGUGGUCCAGCCCCUGAAGACCAUCUUGGUGCCAGGUCUGAGCCUCCAAGCUUCUGAGCAAGAGGUGUACCAGGUAAACCUCUCUGCAUCUCUUGGCACCUGGGAUGUCGCCGGGGAAGUGGAAGGAGUGGCACUUCGAGGGGAGGGCCAGCCGGAACUUACUCUCUCAAGCCCAGAGCUAGACAGACUCAACAGACAGCUUCAGCUGGUCACUUACAGUAGCCAAAGCUAUGAGCUGGACACAGCAGACACAGCUCGCUUCUCCACCGAUGGACAUGAAGCUGCCUUCACUAUCCGGAUCAAACAUCCACCCAGACCUCGGCUGUACCCACCUGGGCCUCCCCCUGAAGGAGCCAAGUACAACAUCAGUGCUCUGGUCACCAUCGCCACCAAGACCUUCCUUCGCUAUGACCGACUCCGAAAACUCAUUGCCAGUAUCCGUCGUUUCUACCCAACAAUUACUGUGAUCAUCGCUGAUGACAGUGAACAGCCAGAGCCAGUCAAUGGCCCUCAUAUCGAGCACUACCUCAUGCCCUUUGGCAAGGGAUGGUUUGCAGGCCGAAAUCUAGCUGUUUCCCAAGUAACCACAAAAUAUGUUCUGUGGGUGGAUGAUGACUUCAUCUUCACUAGACGGACAAAGAUAGAGAAGCUUGUGGAUGUGCUGGAGCAGACUUCUCUGGACUUGGUGGGGGGAGCGGUCCGGGAGAUCACGGGCUUCUCCACGACGUACCGGCAAUUGCUGAGCAUAGAGUCUGGUGGCCCUGGCUUGGGAAACUGCCUCGUCCAAAGGCGAGGCUUCCACCGGGAGCUCCCAGGCUUCCCCGGCUGUGUGGUGACCGACGGCGUCGUCAACUUCUUCUUGGCCCGCGUGGACAAGGUUCGCGAGAUCGGCUUUGAUCCCCGCCUCCGUCGAGUGGCCCAUUUGGAGUUUUUCCUGGAUGGACUUGGCUCCCUUCGAGUAGGCUCGUGCUCUGAUGUCUUGGUGGAUCACGCAUCGAAGCUGAAACUGCCAUGGGCACCUUGGGGAAGUGAGGCCGAGAUCUACGCCAAAUAUCGCUAUCCGGGGGCCACAGACGAGAGCCAGAUAGCCAAACACAAACUGCUCUUCUUCAAAAAUCGUCUCCAGUGCAUGUCCUCAGACUGACUGGCCCAGGAACCACUGGCUGAUGUGAUGGACAGAGUGGCUGCCCAACUGCCCCUGGAACUGUUAUGAUUAAAAACACUAGUCUAGCCAUAGAUUUGCAAUCUUUAUUCAUCAGAAAGGAGAAGGGGAGAAGGAUGAAAGAGAGAGUGGAGGUAGAUGGCUUUUAGGGGAAUUUCCCUAAUCAAGCUUCUCCGUUUACUUGAUGUUCCACAGCAGCCAUGCGGGCCCCCCACCCAGCACCAACAUGGAAGUUGAGAGGCUGCAAUCCUGUCUCCACUCGGUUUGUCACACUUCCUCUCAGCCCUCUGACUCUCCUUCACACCUGCUUAGCCAGCUCUCACCCAGGGGACAUCCAGCCUGCCUCCUGCCUUGUUGUCCCCUACCUCAAUUGCUGGCUGUUCCUGCUGACUACAGAAGGCACCAGAGUUUCAAUUCUCUCCUCCAUCCUUCAAUGAUUUCCUUCACACAAAACCCUCGGAACAGACCUGUAUGCAGUCUCUAGUCACUACUUCUGUUAAUUGCCCUGCUGAUCAACUCUGUGACUCGCCCCUCAAGAACUGUUCAAAGACUAUCCAACCCUUCCCAUUCUUGGACCUUGACCGAAACCCAGGAUGAGAACGGGUCCUGGCGACCUCCUCAGUGGCCAAAGGUACAACUGGAGCUGUGACCAAUUCAGUGCCAGCCCCACCUCAUCAGUGCUACCCUCCAUCCCCUGUUCUUGUGGAGAGAGUAAUAGGGUACCCUUAAAAACCCUUCUAGUGCCAAAGAGUCUGAGAGUCUGGACAGCCAAAUGGAACCCAGCCCCAAGUGGAGACUGCCCAAUCUCCUUGAGAGCAGAGGCUCCAGGUAUGCAUCAUCUUCCCUCUUUGUUUCUCUAGGCCAGAAUUCUAUGAAGCAUACACAGUUCUCCCCAGGGGAAUUUUGAUCUUGGAGAUAGGUCUGGGGGGGGGGGUGCUGUCCAAUGAGGCAGCAGCGUUGUAAUCAGAGCCCGUUUGGUCUCUUCAGGAUCAAGGUGGGGAAAAGGGUCUCUAAGAGACUUCUGUUGGAGUGUUCAGAUCCCAAGCCAAGCUAGAAAGGGCUGGCACUUAUGGUGAUCAUGGAAAAGCUAAUUUUAUUUAUUGAUAACAUAAAUAAAAAGGGACGCCCACUCCGGUUUUUCCCUCAGUGGUCAUAAUUUCUCCCUAACUAUAUGUGAGCAGUGCUCCAGGGAUUCCUAAUACAAACAGCUGCCAGGUUCAAACCCAGACCAUGGAGGUCUUUGAGGCCAGAGGUUCCUGUGAAGAGAAGGGCAUGUUAGGAGAGAGUGAAGGAAAGCAUUCUGGAGACCAUCCUCCCACCUCCCCUUCCCUAUGCAUGCUGGGCCUGAGAACUGAUAAUCAUCCUCCCCAGUGAGAGUCCAGGUAAGGAAGCUGGGUAGGGAAUUCUAUUUUGAAAGACCCCCACUUGAGCCCUCCUUUACAAAGGGUUAGUCCACCCUCUUGCUCCUUCCUUCAACUUCCAUUCUCCUCCUCUCUAUCUACCUCAUCAGUUUUUGAAUCCCAGUCAUCCUCCCAGGCUCCCUCACUUUGGGACCACCCAAUUGCCCUUCUUCAUGCAUUGCGCCCUGGACCAUUACUUAUCCCAUGGUCUAGUUUCCUUUUCAUGGCCCCCUCAUUUCCUUCCAUCAGCCCCUCCUACCCAGAUCUUUACCAAACUCUCCAGUGCAUGGGCAGCCGCAUCUUGGACGCUCACAAAAAGUUGCUCUGGAGUCAAUACGUCCAGGAGCCCAGCCCUGGUUAGUGUCCGAAGUACAGGGGCUGUGCCCACGGAAAAGAUGAUUGAAGGUCCAGCUCUGGCUUCCGCUUCAUCCCCAUCCCAUAAUUCAAAGCAUUCCAGUCCUCCCCAGUGCUGUGCAUCUUACCAUUACACUGAGCCAAGAGGAGGUGAAUUCUGGCUGCACUGCACUGACUAGCCAGCUAGGGAAGGGGGGAAGAGUUUUAAGAUGGUUAGAAAAGGACUUGCCUGGGAUUAAGACCAGCUUCAGCCAUGAUUCACUUCCCUCCCCCGCCAUGUCACCCCUUCUUGGCUCCUACAACUCCUUUUUUCCAGUUCUGGUACCCUCAUGACAUAAACUCUGUCAUGGCUCCAGGACAGAAUCCAGUCUGCCAAUCCGUACCCUGGCUACUCUCACCCGCCAUUUCUUUUAACUUUCCAAAUCAAAGAUCCUUCCCUGGCCAGAGUUUCCCUAGUUGUCUCCAUAUUAGAAUGGAAGCCCCUUGAGGGCAGAGACAGUCUUCUAUUUCUAUUUGUAUUCUUGGCGCUCAGCACCAUGCUUGGAACAUAGUAAGCGCUUAAUAAAAUGUUUUAAAAAGUAA